GUGGUAUUCUUUGGGCUGGAACUUUACUGUUUACUUCCGUGACGAAAAUUAAAUGGCGUCUCUUGACAGAGUGAAAGUGCUAGUUUUGGGAGAUUCAGGUUGGUGUCCUAUUCGUUUAUGUCUGACUAAUCGUAUUGUCUUUUGGAAAUGUAUAGGUUGUGUCUUUCGACUUGGUUUGGCCAAAAAUAAUGCUUAUCUAAAACAUGAAUGCCCCCUUGUGUCUAUCCGUGGUAGCUAGCUUCACUUGAUGCACUUAAAAUAUACCUAGACAUGAGAAGCAAACUUAGCUAUGUGCUUGAAAAAUACUGGAUGUGUCUCACUAGCUAUAAUUAUUUUGUCAUGGCAGGUGUUGGGAAGUCCUCACUCGUUCAUCUGCUGUGUCAGAACCAAGUGUUGGGAAAUCCAUCAUGGACUGUAGGCUGUUCGGUGGAUGUACGGGUAAGAAAGGACUGCUCUUGAAAAUGUGGCUAAAACUGGCACUUUUACUGAAACGUUGAUUAAUGUGCACUGUCCCCUGUAAAAAAAAUUAACUCAAACUAAACUCAAUGGUUGAUCUUUUUUUGUUAUUUCUUGACUCAUUGUUUUUCCCUGAAGAGAUUUCUUUACUUGGAGGUUUACCAGUUAGGAACAUUAAAGUUAUUCUAUAUUCUAAGGUUAUUCUAAGAGUCGCUUUUACAGGUCCACGACUACAAGGAGGGCACUCCAGAGGAGAAGACCUACUACAUUGAAUUAUGGGAUGUUGGAGGAUCUGUGGGCUGCGCCAGCAGUCUGAAAAACACCAGAGCAGUUUUCUACAACUCUGUCAAUGGUAAAGACACAGCACUGACUGGUCUGUCAGUCACCACAUGAGGAAAACGAUGACUUGUAUAGAUCAGUAAUGACACAUUAUUUGUAUCCUUACAGGUAUUGUAUUAGUUCACGACCUGACGAACAAGAAAUCCUCCCAGAAUCUGUAUCGCUGGUCACUAGAAGCCUUGAACAAAGACUCCUCCCCAACGGGGGUAAUCGUCUCAAAUGGGUAAGUAUCUCCUACUGCUGGAAUCAAAUAGCCUACCUCAAUUUAUUACAUAUUAUGCUUGUUAAAUAGAAGUUGUUAUCCUGUAUAGGCACUUUGAGUAAGUUUACUUACUUGUCUUGAAAGUCUUGUCUUGAAUGUCUUGCCUGAACACCUCCAGUGAUUACGACAGAGAACAGUUUGCUGAUAGCUCCGUGCCUUUGCUCCUGAUCGGCACCAAGUUUGACCAGAUCCCAGAGAACAAGAGGAAUGAUGUUCUCACCAGGACAGCUUUCCUGUCUGAAGACUUCAAUGCAGAGGAGAUCAAUCUGGUAGGUGAAGCCUCACCUCAACUAUCCUUCUAGGCCUCUAUGGAUUCUGAGGUACCCAUCACUCGGUCAAAGAAAACCUUAUUUGCUGCAGCAUUGUGCAUUUGCUAACAAUGAAAGCCCAAUGUAUGGUCAAUGUAUGGGCAGUGGGCACACAUCAUUAGUAUGGUAACAGCUAUUGAAUAGGCUACAGGUAGUGGAAGUCAUUUUUAACCUUUUUGCAUUGAGGCUUGUGGUUUAGGUCAUGUUUUUUCCUUGACUCUCGUAACAGGAUUGCACCAAUCAAAGGUACUUUGCUGCAGGCACGUCGAACGCUGUGAAGUUGAGCAGAUUCUUUGACAAGGUGAGACGUUCAGAAGCUGAAGCUUUUGCUUACAUAUUUUACCCCCCUUAAUAUACUGUUAUUUUUAUACAUGAGUAUCCACAUUCCAAGAGAGUGCAUGAAUACUUGUCUUUUAUUUUAGGUCGUAGAGAAGAGAUAUUUCACCAGAGACCCUAGUCAAGUAAGUGAUUGUCUAUGUGUCCAUAAUGAACAUGAAACACUGCUCUGGUCUUUCCAAUUUUGAAACCAUUACUUUAUCAGCUCUGGACUUGAAACAUAAAACCAUCUCUCCUCCUCUCUCCAGAUGACAGGUUUCACAGAGAGGAAACGCUUCAACUUCAAAAGCCUUCACUACGACUGAGAUAGAGGUGGACACUGCUGGUGCCUGUGGUUUCAACCUGCUUCAGUGCAGUCCCUCACUCAACAAGUGAACUUCCCUUUGUCUCUCUCUCUCUCUCCCCCUCUUAGUCUCUAUCUUUUAUCUCUGUUAAAGGCCCAGUGCAGUCAA